UCUGAAGUGCCGAAUACAGAGUCCCUCAUAUUGAUGGGCGAAUUUAAUGCGCACGUCGGAGUAGACGUGGAAAAGUGGAACGGCGUGAUUGGAAAAAACGGCCCUAGCGACCUCAAUAAUAACGGCAUGAAGUUGACGCGGUUUUGUGCAAACAACGGAUUGUCCAUUAUGAACACCUUCUUCGAGCAUCGAAAAGUGCCUCAGUACACCUGUUCCUGUGGUUUCUUUGGCACUGGAACCAUGGACGCGAGACGCCAAUUGUCAGGAAUCGGCAACUGGCGCAAGCAACAAUUAAAUGCUUCUUUAAAAACGUCGCACAACUUGAUCAAGCACAAUCUGAAAACCAGUGGACUGACCUCGUCACGACAUCACGACUCGUUCGAACGAUAG